AUGGUUCGAGACCGGACGUCGGAGUUCAUGGCCACGGUGAAGUCGAUGGCCGGGCGGCCGCAGUUCCUCGCCGCUCAGGCCAACGGCUCGCUGCCCACCGAACUUCGAGCUCGCAAGGGUGCCGGCGUGGUGGGCGGCGACAGCGGCGGCGGUGGUGGGAACGCCGCUGCGAGCAAGCUGAAUUCGCCGCUGAACAAUCCGCAGUCGUCUCAAUACCUGCAAUUUGGCCGCUUCAUGGGCGGCUCGCGGUCCAUCGCCCGGGACCUCUACCUGACCUACCAGAAGCUGGAGAAGAUCAACCUGCUGGCGCAGAAGAAGACCAUCUUCGACGACGAGGAGAGCAGCCGGGAGCUGAACGAGCUGGUGUACAUCGUCAAGCAGGACAUCACCUCGCUCAAUCAGCAGAUCGAACAGCUCCGGCAGCUGCAGCUGGAGUCGAUGCAGGCGCGCAAUUCGGGCGGUUCCAAUGUCCGCUCACAUACGAAGAACGUCGUGUUGACGCUGCAGCAGCAGCUCGCCUCCAUCAGCAGCAGCUUCAAGAGCACCUUGGAGCUGCGGACUCAG